CUCCUGCAAGUGUAAGGAUUAAUUGUCUGAUCCACGUUUAUUUAAAGCAUAGAAUAUGAUCAUUGUUUUCUUAAUUUUGGUAGCUAGCUAUCUAAUAUAUUUGAUUUAUCCUGUUUGUUUAUAUCACUCUGCUUUUCACCUAUUUUAAUGUUUGAUGUUUUAAAUCCAUGCAAUAUAUUGAGAUUUGUAACUAUUCAUUGUGGCAAGUGUAUUGAAGGAACCAAGUUCUUUGGGUUUAAAAUAUUAUAAUAUUAGCAUGAAUACAGAAAAUAAACUAUUUGCUUAUUUUCAUUUCAAUACACAUGUUAGUUUCAGCAUAAUUAGAAUAAUUUCAAAAUCCAGAGUGUGUUUGUGCAAAUUUUACUUAUUUAGUUCUUGAGUUUUGUGAAGAAAAAAAUUUCUUUGAAAAUGCUCUAAUUUCUUCAAAUUUUGGGUUUGCGUGAAUUAUGUACUCUUCAUUUAAUUUUAUUUUUUCAAAUUUGCUACUUUAGUAUUGGGUUACUUUCAAAUUAUAUAUGCUUGCUUAAUUAACGACACAUUUUUAAAAUUAUUUGCUUAAUAAUAAAAAAAUAUUAAAGAUAAAGGGUUUUAUUAAUAUUUCUGUCUUAUUAAGUGAACCAUAAGUUUUGAUUACUUCUUUGAUGAAAAAGGAACAUAUUUGAUUGUUAAUUAAAGUUGCAUAAUUCCCCACAGCAAAUUGCCCUGAAAUUUGUAUGACCAGGAGAAUGGCUCUAGUUUUAUGUUGGUGUCAGUCGUCAUUGUUCAAGUUAACCAAUUCAAGGGUAGUUGUUGGAUGAAAUAAAAUAAUUGAGAUCAAUCGUUCAUCGAAGAAUCCAUUUAAACAUAUAUAUGACCUUAUUUUUUAGCCUAGAACCUCAAACGUUUUCCAUAAAGACAUCAUUUUCCAAUCAAAAUAAGUGAGGUUUUCUUGAAAAUUUUGGAACUUGUAUUCUUUAUUGAAAAUGUGUACAAAUUAGGACCUAUUUAAAUUUAGAAAACGUUUUAAUUUUUAUUUAUUAAUUGUUUUAAAUAAUAACAAAAUUAGCAUUUGUUUUUAUUUUAUAUUUUAAAAAAUUAGUAAGUGAAAAAAAAUACUUUUGGUAUUUUCAAAACUACUCCUUAUAUAAAUGUUUAAAUUAAGAAAUAAAGUAACUAUAGUAUUUUUACAAUUAUUUAUUAAAAUAAGAAAUGAAAAGAUAAAACAUUUUAUCAAAACAAGCCUUGUCGAUCUACUCAAGUACUUGCUCAUGUCAUCACUGUUAAAAACUUUUAUAUCAAGGUUAAAAAUAAGAUAGAAAAUUGCAGUUAUACGACAAAGUGCAAUCGGGGAAUUGUAAAAGUGGGCAAGGUUGUUCCUUUUAACACCUUUAUGAGACGAAAGUCCAAUAAUCCAGAACUGUAUGCAUCUGGAAAUUAUUUAUUAUAUACUCCAAAACUAUGAUUUCAACAUUGGAGCUAACAUUGCACUUUGCAAAUCUUCACAACCCAUCAAAUUAAAAGCUAGUAUGUGUAUAUAUAGAGAUUAAUAUUUCACUUAAAAACAAGGACAAAUGUUCUCCUCCUUAGCCAUGGAAAUUUUGCUCUUAUCCCUUCUUUCCUUAUGCUAUGUGUUUUUCUAUCUUUUCAAAUUGGUCCUUAAACGUAGAGACCAAUCGUGUUACAUGUUGGCCUAUGAAUGCUACAAACCUCCAGAAGACACCAAACUCGACAUAGAUUUAUAUGAGAAAAUCUGCCUAAGAAACAGGAGCUUGGGUUUGGAGGAAUUCAAGUUCCUCCUCAAAUGCAUGACAAAAUCUGGGAUUGGAGGAAACACUUACGCCCCAAGAAACAUCAUUGAGGGAAGAGAAUCAGAUGCCACUGUUGAAGAUUCCCUCAAAGAAAUGGAUGAGAUUAUGUUUGACACACUUGACAACCUCUUCACUAGCACUAAAUUUUCUCCCUCUAAAAUAGACAUCCUUGUGGUAAGUGUUUCCAGUUUUGUACCUGUUCCUUCCCUCACAUCUCGCAUCAUAAAUAGAUACAAAUUGAGGGACAACAUUAAGGCCUUCAACCUUGGUGGAAUGGGGUGCUGCGGAAGUGGAAUUGCCAUUGAUUUGGUGCAAAGACUUUUAAAGACAUACAAAAACUCUUAUGCUGUUGUUGUGUGUUCAGAGUGUUUGAGUCAAUCUUGGUAUUGUGGAAAAGUUAAGUCCAUGAUGCUUCCUUAUUGUCUCUUUCGCUCAGGUGGGUGUUCCAUGCUUUUCACAAACAUGUCAUCCCAAAAGCGAAUUGCAAUGAUGAGGUUGAAGCAUGUUGAAAGAACCCAUCUUGGGGCGAAGGAUGAAGCGUAUGGUUGUGCUAUGUUAGUGGAAGAUGGGCAAGGGUACCCAGGCUUUGGCCUUGCAAGGAGUCUCCCAAAGGCUGCUGCUGAAGCCUUAGAAAUGAACCUUAAAAUAUUGGUGCCAAAGAUUUUGCCACUUUGGAAAAUUUUGUGGUAUUUUAGUGUUUUUCUUUGCAAAUGCAUAAUGAAAAAGGCCCUUAUGUCCAACAUGUUGGGGAGUCUAGAGUUGAAGUCUGGAAUAGAGCAUUUUUGUGUGCACCCUGGUGGAAGGGCAGUUGUUGAGGAGGUAGCAAAGUGGUUAAGGCUCAAUGAUUAUGAUAUUGAGCCAUCUAAAAUGACAAUUCAUAGAUGGGGUAACACAUCUGCUAGUGGGGUUUGGUAUGUUUUUAGCUACAUGGAGGCCAAAAAGAGGCUAAAAAAGGGUGAUAGAAUCCUCAUGAUUGGCCUUGGAUCUGGUUUCAAGUGUUGCAAUUGUGUUUGGGAGGUCAUGAGGGAUUUGGAGAGUGCUAAUGUGUGGAAAGAUUGCAUAGAUUCUUAUUCACCAACCACACUAACGUCCAUUUUCGAGGAAAGGUAUGGUUGGAUUAACGAUCCUGCUAAUCAAGCCGUCAUUGAGGCUCAACUUUUAGCUAAAAUCCACCCUUCCAAUUAA